GUCAAUAAAGGCAAUGAUGAAUUUUAUUGUAUUUUUUCGAAUUAAAUUUUUUCGCGCAUCGAUACAAUCGAUUGUUGACAGCUAUAAUAAUCACAUCACAUGUGAAUCAGCCUGCAGACGGUUCACCAUGGCAUUAUCAUCGUCAUCAUCAAUUGUAGCGAAUUUUGAUUCAUUAAAAAAAUAUUUCGAUCUACAUAAUCGUACAAAAGAUGUACAAGCACAUGUAUCGAAAGUUCAUUCCGUCGAUUGGAAUGCUGAUGGUCGUCAUUUAGCAUCCGGUAGUUUUGAUCGUACCGUUACAUUGUUUUCAUUUUCCAAUGAUAAAUUGACCAAAGAUCAUACGCUUAAAGGACACACUGAUUCAGUUGAUCAAUUAUGUUGGCAUCCAAUUAAUAAUGAAAUUUUGGCUACCGCUUCAUUGGAUAAAACUGUUCGUCUUUGGGAUGCACGUAUGGCUAAAUGUGUGGCAACAAUAGAUACACCAGGUGAAAACCUGAAUAUCAGCUGGUCACCAAAUGGCCAUACGAUUGCUGUCGGUAAUAAAGAAGAUAUUGUUACAUUUAUCGAUGUACGAUCAUCUAAAAUUCGAACACAAAAAGAAUUUAAAUUUGAAGUGAAUGAAAUCACAUGGAAUCGUGAGAAUGAUCUAUUUUUUCUUACAUCAGGACAAGGUUUUGUUUAUAUUUUAAGCUAUCCUAAUUUGGAACAAUUACACGUUUUUACCGCUCAUUUGGCUACUUGUCUGUGUAUUGAAUUCGAUCCAACUGGCAAACAUUUUGCUGUUGGUUCAGCGGAUGCUUUAGUUUCAAUUUGGGAUUCAAAUAAUCUUGCCUGUCUGAGGACCGUAUCAAGAUUAGAAUGGCCAUGUCGUGCUUUAAGUUUUAGUUAUGAUGGUAUGCUACUUGCAUCAGCAUCCGAAGAUAUGUUUAUCGAUAUAUGUCAUGUUGAUACUGGGGAACGUAUUCAAGCCAUACCAACAGAAUCACCAACAUUUACCAUUGCAUUCCAUCCACAACGAUAUUUAUUGGCAUAUGCCUGUGAUGAUAAAGAUGGCCAUCAACGUGAUGCUGGUACGGUGAAAUUAUUUGGCUUUAAAUCACAGGAAAAUUUGUAAAUUUCGAAAAAAAAAAAAAAAACAUUUUUACAUAUACACUUUUUUAUUAUC